CAGAUUAGAAAACAUUCCUUCUGUGGGGAAGUCGGUCGGGACUUUGAAAAGUGAGGAAAUUGAGUAAAAAAAACUUUAAAACUGUAAGAAAAGAUGCUGAUUUGGACACAGCCGGGGACGAUGGGUGUUUCUAAGCCGUGACUUGUCCUCAUGAAGAGGAAGUUUCCCGGUGUUUAGCUGAGAUUCGCUGACAGGAUGGCGGGUAUUUUGACAUACGUGAAGGAUCUGAGGCGGGGGCUGAAGGUUGACAUCCUGCGGGAAGCCGGGCGACAGUACCCGGUGUCCUGCUGUCUCCUGCUGGUCCUGCUGUCUCUGACGGUGCUGCUCAACAGCUACCUCCACAUCCUGAUGAUCUUCUGGUCGCUCCUGGCUGGUGUCAUCACCUGCUACUGCUCCCUCGGUCCAGAGUCGCUUCUUCCAAACAUCUUUUUCACCGUGAAGCCGAAGAGCAAACAGCCCAAAGAGCCGGAGCUUUUCCAUCUGGGCCACAGCUGCGCCGUGUGCGGGAAGGUGAAGUGCAAACGCCAUCGGCCGACUCUGCUCCUGGAAAACUAUCAGCCAUGGAUGGAUCUGAAGGUUCCUUCCAAGGUGGACGCUUCCAUAGCAGAGGUGUUCGAGUUGGUUCUGGAGAACUUUGUGUAUCCCUGGUACAGCGACAUCACGGACGACGAGGCGUGUCUAGACGAAGUGAGGAUGACGUUUCGCUUCUUCGCAUCGGUGCUGGUCCGCCGAGCUCAGAAGGUUGAUCUUCCAGCUGUGUUCGCUGACAAAGUGAUGAAGGCUGUGAUGAAGCACAUCGACAUCUUUGCUAAAGCUCGAGCAAAAGUGAGGAACCUGGAGGACCUGCAGCAGGCUGCUCUGGAGGAGUACGGCAAGCACCUCCACGUCGCCCUGCACACCCGCAAAGAAGAGCUGUUCUACCUGAGGAAGCUGACGGAGAUGCUGUUUCCCUUCGUCAUGCCUCCCAAAGCGACGGACUGCAGGUCUCUGGCUCUGCUGCUGCGGGAAGUGAUGGCUGGGUCUGUCAUCCUACCAACCAUGGACUUCAUGGCUGACCCUGAUACUGUGAACCUCAUGGUGCUCAUAUAUGUCGAUGACACUCCACCGGAAGCAGCCACAGAACCGCCGUCUCCGCUGGUUCCGUUUUUACAGAAAUACGCAAACAUCGGUAACAAGAAGUCGUCGGUGCUGAAGUUGGAGCUGAAGGAGAUCCGGGAGCAGCAGGAUCUUCUGUUUCGCUUCAUGAACUUUCUGAAACAAGAAGGAGCCGUGCACGUGCUGCAGUUCUGCCUCGCUGCUGAGGAGUUCAACGAUAAAAUCCUGAGUCCGGAGCUGAGCGACUUGGAGCUCCAGCGUUUGCACGGCGAGGUGCUGCACAUAUACGAAACGUACUGCCUGGACGAAAGCAUCGACAAGAUCAGCUUCGACCCGCUGAUCGUGGAGGAGAUCAGGAACAUCUCCAGAGGUCCGUACAUGGACGUGGUGAAGCUGCAGACCGUGCCCUGCCUGUUCGAGGCCUACGAACACGUCCUGUCUUUGCUGGAGAAAGUCUUCACACCCAUGUUCUGCCACAGCGACGAAUACUUCAGACACCUGCUGAGAGGAGCCGAGUCUCCAAGCAGAAACCCCAGAAUCAACAGAUACAGCUUCAGUCUGGAAGAAAGCAGAAACACAUCGAAGCGAGGGGAGUCGUUCGGGAUCAGCAAGAUCGGCAGCAAAAUCAAAGAUGUGUUCAGGAGCACGACGAUGGAGGGCGCCUUGCUGCCGCCGAGCGCCAUGACGGACGCCGACGACGCGGUGGAGGAGGCCACCGUCGUCAUGGAGGACGACUCCCCCGCCGAGCUGGCCAGCACACCGGGCAUUCAGAGGAACCUGUCGGCGUGGAGCAUCACCAUCCCCUACAUCGACUGCUUCGACGACGAGGUGAAGAGGGAGAGGGUCCCCGUCUUCUGCAUCGACGUGGAGCGCAACGACAGGAAAGACGUCAGCCAUGAAACUGAGAAGUGGUCGGUCUUCCGAAGAUACCUGGAGUUUUACGUUCUGGAAUCAAAACUCACUGAAUUCCACGGCACAUUUGCAGAUGCACAGCUUCCAUCCAAAAGAAUCAUUGGACCAAAGAAUUACGAGUUCCUUACAUCGAAAAGGGAAGAAUUUGAGGAAUAUUUACAGAGGCUCCUGCUGCAUCCCGAGCUCAGUAACAGUCAGCUGCUGGCAGACUUCCUGUCUCCGUACAGCACAGAGUCUCAGUUCCUGGACAAGAUGCUUCCUGAUGUCAACCUGGGGAAGAUUUUUAAGUCCGUUCCAGGGAAGUUGAUAAAAGAGCGAGGACAGAACCUGGAUCCCUUCCUGCAGUCCUUCUUCAACUCGUGUGAGUCGCCCAAGCCCAAACCCAGCCGACCCGAGCUGACCAUCCUCAGCCCGACCGCAGAGAACGACAAGAAGCUCUACACCGAUCUGUUCGGAAACAACGCCAACCUGCACGAGGGUCCGACCCACAAACACAACCGUAACUACUUCAUGGAGAUGAUGCCUGUGGAUGGCAUGUACGACUACAUGAUGUUUGUAGGUCGGGUGGUGUUCCAUGUAUCGGACUGGCUGCAUCACUUCCUGGCGGCCGGGAGGAUCCUGUUCAAGAACACGUUUGAGGCCUACAUGGAUCAGUACAUGCAGUCCAAACUGGAGCAGAUCCUCCAGGAGCACCGCAUGGUGUCCCUCAUCACGCAGCUCAGAGAUGCAGUUUUCUGUGAGAACAACGAGGAACGAACUCCAGAGGACAAACAAGUCCGAGCCAAGCGGACGUUUGAGGAGAUGAUGAGGUAUCUUACAGAUUUCGUGGGAAGGUUAAUUGGUGAAGAAAACAGAUAUGAAGGCGUCCAGCUCCUCUUCGACUGUCUGCAGCAGCCGCUCCUGAACAAACAGAUGACGUACGUCCUGCUGGACAUCGCCAUGCUGGAGCUUUUCCCAGAACUCAGCAAGGGAACAAAUGAAACCUUCAUCGUUUGAUGAUCCUGGACGACAGACGUAAACUCCGAGAACUUCGCCACAUUCCAGUUCCUGUUACUGCACUAAUAAAAAUAUUUAUUCA